UUCAACUUGAAGGCAGUGCAUUUCCUUGAGUGGGGGGCUGUCCUCUGAAAUUCUCUUUCUUUUCUUCUUUAUUGUUAAACUUCCCCAUUUUCUCUGUGAUUUUAUCUAUCAGUUCUUCAAAACCCACAUGACAAAAGUUUCUCUUACUCUCAUGGAUGAUAUAAUUCCACAAGAUACCACCAAUUCAGCAACUCGUCCACCUGCUACAUUUGUUGCUGAUCAAAAUCUCCGAGUGGAAGCUGAAUUUUCUGUGAAAGAUGAAGGUGGUGCUGGAAAAAACCUAGUAUCGGAAGCAAUAAAGUUAGAUUUUGAGAUGGAGAAAAGAAACAUGACACAAAAUAUUGUUGCUUCUGAGAGUCUUGAGACUGAACUGAAAAUGGAGCUAAUGACUGAGAAACAAAUAAUGGGAAGCUCAGAUGAUGAUCUUGGUGAGAAAUUGAAAAUGAUUAGCCACCCUGUUGAUCAAGUUGAUGAUUUAGAUCAAAUUAAUCAAGACCCACAAAAGAAUAAUAUGUUUGAGAAAGUAUUGGGUCAGGGUCUGCCUAGUUCAGGCAUCUCUGGCAUGAAAAGGAAAGCUGAAACUUCAGCUGAGGAAGAGAAAGCUUUUGUAAGCAAGGACUCGCAGAAUAAGAAAUGGCAUUGCUCCUUGUGUGAAGUUUCUACUGCAUCAGCAGGAGGUUACAAUCUUCAUAUCCAUGGAAAAAAGCAUAGAGCAAAGGAAACAAUGUUCAAGUCUAGUGAAACUGUGAACAUGAUUAGCAUAAAUAAUUACUCCACCAACAAAUGCCUGCUUCCUAGGGAGGAAAAGAAAAGCCAAGUGCUACUUGUGGAAGAAGAGAAAAGCCGAGUGCUACCUGCGGAGGAAGAGAAAGGCCAAGUGCAGCCUACGGAGGAAGGGAAAAGCCGAGUGCAGCCUGCGGAGGAAGAGAAAAGCCAAGUGCAGCCUGCGAAGGAAGAGAAAUGCCAAGUGCAGCCAAUAGAGGAAGAGGAAAGCCGAGUGCAGCCAGUCAAGGAAGAGAAAAGCCGAGUUCAGCCUGUGGAGGAUGAUAAAACUCUGGAGCGAGAAAAAAGCCCGGUUACUAAGAAAUGGGAAUGCUCUUUAUGUCCAGUAUCUGUUACUUCAGAGAUACUCCUAAUAAGUCAUCUUCAAGGGAAGAAGCACAAAGCAAAGGCAGCUAAACUUGGAAUUGUUCUUGUCAAUAAUGAAACUGAGGUAGAGAGCGAGGACACAAAGAAAUGGUAUUGUUCAGUAUGUCAAGUAUCAGCUUCAUCAGAAAAUAAUCUGAAUGAUCAUCUGCAAGGAAAAAAACACAAGGCUAAGGCGGGGUUGCUUCAUCAAGAGGCUGAUAAUGGGGAUUGUAAUUCAGGUGAAGACGCAAAGGCUAUGGAGGAAAGGUGCUUGGAAGGAGAUGAAGGUUUCAGGAACGAGCAAGAAGUAGUCAACAAGUUGAACAUAGCGGAGGCUGGAAUCAAGGGGGAUAUAGCCAAUAGCGAGGAGAAUGAGAUAGAAACCAUCAGUACGGAAAGCAUUGAAAUUGAUAAGUUAGGGAAUGGUGGUGAAGAGACGGGAAAGGAACUCGUGAAGUUUUGGCACUGCAAGAUAUGCAAUGAAGAAACUUAUGAUGAAGCUGCAAUGGAUACGCACCGGAAGAGUAAUAAGCACAUGGAUUUGCUUCGAAAAAUCGGUGGAGGUCUCGUUGUUGUGUCGAACGUUCUGAAGGAAGCAGCUCCCAGGAUGCAAUAUUAGAUGAAAAUGGAUGUUACUAACUAAUAUUGGAUUAGAGGCCAGCUAAUUAGUGAAAAAACUGACUGGUUCAAAACUGAAAAAGUUUCCGAUACUUGUACUUUUGUCAAUAAGAAGGAAGGAUCGGAAACGUAUUUCGUUAGAAAAUAAUCAUUAUCCUAAUUAGACUAAUAUAUCUAUAUUAAGGUGUGCGUACUGAUUCAAUAAUCUGUGAUCUUGAUUCUUGAUAUGAUAUUCAGAUCAAUAGUGUGGAACCCGAAUCAAAAAAUCCAGAUAGUAGUGCACCCAAAUCACAUACAAUUAUAUUUGAGUAUUGUAUCAGAAACUGAAUAUCUGAAUAUGUGGAACUUCUUUUCCUA